UUUCCCCGCCUCUUCCUAAUGCAUCAAUGCCUUUCCCUUCCACAUCAGGGAGAGGCAGAGGGGUGGGGGCAUGCGAGCAACAGAGAGCGAGGGGCUGAGCACAGUCUGCUUUCUGACGGAGGGAGAAUAAGAGGGUGGGGAGACAGCGCAUAAACCAGACAGAUAGUGAAGGAGUGAGAAAGAGGGAGCGUGUGUGACGAGAAGAGAGGAAGGCAGGGCUUCAUGUGAUGUGAAGGGAUGCAUGGGCACCAGGGAUUUUCCUGAACACCACAGCUGGUCUGGCUCUCCUCAUGUUGGACUCCUCCAGAGGUAUUUGUUUGUGAUCCAUUCUCUGAACCUAGCUUAAGCAAACUGCCUUUCAUCAGGGGCAUGCAGCCGAACCAGCUGUAUUAACAUUGUCAGUGCACAAUGCGCCUGGAAGACCCACAGAGCCUGGAGGGCGGGAUGGCCAGACACGCAGGGAGGAUAUUGCAUUUUCUUCUGUCCCACUGGAAUUAUCAUUAGCCUUUUUCCCCCGCUCCUCUUCCUGCUCAGAACUCAUCUCAUCUCUGCCUCCGUCUCACUUGGCCGGUCUGUCAGCUGUCUGCCUGUCUCACCAUCGCAGAGUGUGGUGCAAGACUUGGAGUGACAUCCUGCAAUCUGAACACCACAGCUGGCUCCACACUAUCCCCACAUCCCCCGAUCAUCUGAGAGGCUGCCUCUGGUAAUUUAUUCACACUGCGCUCACUAGAUUUUUACUGUUGCUAUGGAAUCCUGUUGAAGAGGUAAAAAUGUAGAGACUUGUUUGGGAAUUACAAUUUUUUGUGGUUUUCUUCAAUCUUUUUGGAACCAGAAUUGUACAGAGACAAAUUCAAAGAGAUCUAUUGAAUGAGGAGAAAAUGAGCAUAUAAGUGUCUUUCGCUCUUACUGUGGAGAAAAGGAAACUGCAGAGUAAAGGAUCUCACAUAGAAAAUAACCGUGACAACAUUGAUCUUGUAGCCAUCAAUCUGUGUUCGCUGGGAAAUGUGACAUUUUAUUGGAUAGAUAAAAGGCAGUAUCUGACAUUGACAGAUAAGAUCCCGCUAAGGCUUCUAGAGCUGCAGAGAACUGGGAGGAUGUCCAUGUGUUCACUGGAAUCAGCUUGAAUGAAACUUUCUCCUGGAAAGCGCUCUUCACUCUCGUCUCCCGAACAUUGGAUGAGUUCCUUAAUAGAGAGAACCGAAUCAAUCAUAUUGAUGCACUGUCUAGAUUUCUCCGUCAGCGGUCUGUUUUCCAUGUUCUGAACUCAUGAGUCGAGGCGAUACACUGCAACAGCGGACCACCUACCUCAUCUCCGUCACCCUGGUGAAGGUGGAGGCGGUUGAGGAGCAUGGCGCCAGGCAAACCAGACCAACUCCUCACGUGCUGGGAAGUGAAAUUGGCCAGAAGAGACCCGGAGCCUUGGUGGAUGAGGGAGAGCCCCCCCUGAGGCCGGACGCCGAGGAGGAGGCAGAACAGGGGGCUGGGAAAUGCAUCAAACUCAAGGAAGGGGAGCGAGUCCCCUCUACUGCCCUGCAGGCCGCCUCCGCCACCAAAACUGGAAGGAGUGACGGGACCCCAAUUGUCAGAGAUGAUCAAUCCGGCCACUUAGCAGACAUGGGGACAUCUGCCAGUUACACCGAGAGUGACACCUCAGAGGGCACUAGCCACUGGCCAAUGCCUCUGGAGAAGUCACACGGCAGUGCUGUUGGUGGCCCAGAGCUGAGGGAGACGAGGAAAAGCCGCUCCUCAAAAAGCCUGAACGGCGAGGACAAGGGGGUCAGAGUCAGCUUUCCAACCAGUGCAUCUGAGGACACCGGGUCGUUCAUGGGGCCUUACCGAGCCUCCUGGGAUGAGAGUGGAAGCAGAGCGUUUCACGAGAAUGCUAGAGACGAGGCAGGGACUGGGAGAAGUGGAUCUGCUCAGGCGUACAGCAACGAGAAGGAAACCCAAGGAAAUCCUCCCAGGCCACAGAAGCUAAAGAUGGGCUCGGUAUCUUUGCCAGCACCCAACACUCAGGCCUCCAAGACCCUAAGGAAGGGAAAGAAGAGCCACACCCUGGACAACAGUGACCUGCGCUGCUUAUCUGAGGAGCUCUUCCAGGGCCAGGCUGCAACACAUUCCCAAGCGCCCCAGUCCCAUCGAGCCUCAGUCCGAGACCGUAAGAUGCUGAAGUUUAUCAGUGGUAUUUUCAGCAAGAGCAGUCCCUCAACUGCUCCCGCAAAGCAGAGCUCUAUGCAGAGAGAGUCCAGUGAGGAGGAAGUGGCCUGUGGCAACAGUCAAGAAUGGACUCUAAACCGCUCCAUUCCAGAGCUGCGUUUGGGUGUGCUGGGAAGUCUACGGAGUGGCAAAUCUGCACUGGUGAACAGGUAUAUCACUGGCAGCUACGUUCCUAUGGAAUGCUCUGAUGGAGGAAGGUAUAAGAAGGAGGUGUUGGUGGAUGGACAGAGUCAUCUUUUACUAAUCAGGGAGGAGCCUGGGCUACCUGAUGCGCAGUUCAGCAACUGGGUGGAUGCUGUUGUCUUUGUGUUUAGUUUGGAAAAUGAAGCCAGCUUCCAAGAAGUGUACAAGAACUUCAGUGAACUCAACACCCACCGAAGCAACAUUGAUAUCCCAUUGAUAGUGGUGGGCACUCAAGACAAGAUAAGUAGCACCAACCCUCGAGUGAUCGAGGAUAAACGUGCACGUCAGCUAUCUGUGGAUGUGAAGCGCUCAUUGUAUUAUGAGACCUGUGCGACAUACGGCCUCAAUGUGGACAGAGUAUUCACAGAGGCUGCUCAGAAAGUUGUUGCAGGAAAAAGGCAGGCAGCCCUCCUAGCUGCAACCAAAUCCCUUCCAAACUCCCCCUGUCAUUCUACAGACUCAACACCACUGUCAGGACCUCACCAUGGACAGGCCAGUAAUGGAAGUCAGAGUAGUGACAUCUCCUCCUCCCUGCCCUCCACUCCUGUGGUGGGUCAUAGAGAGCUACGAGGAGAGGGAGGCUCUCAGAGAAAUAUCCCCCGUCGACGGACAUCCCUUUUCGGGAAUCGUCGAGGCAGUGACUCAGAAAAGAAAACGCCUGACAACAGGGGUGAAGUAGUCGGCAUACGCUCAGUUACCAUCAAACAGAGCCUACUGUGGAAACGAGGUGGAAGUUCACUGAACAAGGACUGGAAGAAAAAGUUUGUUUCGCUGUCUAGCAAUGGCGUUCUGUCUUACUAUUCAAGCCACAAUGACUACAUGCAGAAUGGGCAUGGUAAAGAGGUCAAUUUGUUGCAUGUGACGGUCAAAGUCCCUGGUAAGCGCCCCCCUCGUGCUGUGACUCCUGGCGGCUCAAUCUGUGGCCUGAAUGGAACACUUAAGGAUGGACCAGCCUCUGAAGGGACCACACCAACAACGUUGUCAAGCUCUGCCAGCCUGCUGACUGUAGAUGAAGGAACAGGAGUUGCCACCUCCCCUGCUGGAGAGAGUGGACUUCGACGGUGCCCUUCAACACUGUCCAAUAGACACUUCCCUUCAGACACUGAUGGAAUGACCAGCAUCGCUUCAGGGAAAGAACAGGUCCCAGCCUCCCCAAUGACCAACAGGAAGAAGCCCACAAGGAAGAAAAGCAUGAACCCCAAAGGGGACGCAGCCAUGGGUCAAGCAGAGGCUAAGCGAAAAAUGUGGAAAUUAAAGAGUUUUGGUAGCUUGAAAAACAUUUACAAGACAGAGGAAGACAACGCUGACUUCAUAAUAAUAUCAAGCACAGGACAAACAUGGCACUUUGAAGCCACAAGUCAAGAGGAGAGAGAUGCUUGGGUCCAAGCCAUCGAGAGUCAGAUCCUUGCCUGCCUGCAAGGCUGUGAAAGCAGCAGGCGUAAGGCUCGGCGCAACAGCCAGAGUGAAUUGGCCCUGCAAGCAAUCCGUAAUGCUAAAGGCAACAACCGCUGUGUGGACUGUGGAGCACCAAAUCCAACAUGGGCAAGUCUUAACCUGGGAGCACUGAUCUGUAUCGAGUGCUCAGGCAUCCAUAGGAACCUGGGGACCCAUCUGUCCCGUGUCCGCUCCCUGGACCUGGAUGACCUUUCCCUUGAGCUCAGCCAAGUGCUAACAGCUAUUGGGAACCACAUGGCAAACAGUGUCUGGGAGAGCUGUACACAGGGGCGACAGAAGCCAACGCCAGAGGCCUCGAGGGAGGAGAGGGAGACAUGGAUCCGAGCCAAGUAUGAGCAGCGUGUCUUCGUAGCGCCCUUGACUGCCCAAACUGAGGACAGCGCGGGUUCCAUGUCAGACUGGCUGCUCAGUGCAGUGGUCGAGAGGGACCUCCCCCGCCUCCUGCUGCUCCUUGCCCACAGCAACAAGGAACAGAUCAACGCCCCGCUGGUCAAGGCUUCGCCGCAGGCACGCACAGCCCUCCAUGCUGCUUGCCAGCUUGGAGAUGUGGUCAUGACCCAACUGCUGGUCUGGUAUGGAAUUGAUGUAAAGGCAAGAGGUCCCCAAGGCCAGACAGCUUUGACCAUGGCUCGCAACACAGGGAGCAAGGAGUGCGCUGAGAUUCUGCUACAAUACGGCUGUCCAAAUGAACUCUCUCCCACUCUGCCCACACCUAGCCUUUCCCGAAAGAGUAGCACCACCAGCCUGGGAAGAGUCAACUCAAGCAGGAGGAGGGAGAACUUCUGAUGUUUUAAAUGUACAGACAUGGAUAUUACAUACAUGGAUCUGGAGAACUUGCAGAGAAAUCAGAUUAGUUUGUAAACAACUAUAUGAGUGUGUGUGUUUGUGUGUGUGUGUGUGUGUGGGAGAGAGAGAGAGAGAGAGAGAGAAAUUAUAGACCAUACUUCCUCUGUAUUCUUCUCUGAAAUCUACAAACACAAUCACUGAUAUCAAUAUAACCAACAAAAUGAGUUUUCAGAUACUGAUUUCAAUGUAAUAUCAGUCUUAUCACCAUGUGUGCAAAAAUCUGUUUUCAUACAACGCAUUACAAUAAGUACAAAAUGUUUGCAUUUCCAUAAUAAUCAAGUACUCUGUAUUUUUA